ACCAACGCCCCCUCCUGCCACGCCACACCGUUCCGGCAUCGCAUCGGCUCCCCGGCUGUCGCAUCACCAAGCGGGGAGGGGCUCCGGUCUCCACUAUUGGCUGGUACUGUAUUACCGACAGCUUUACGGUAGGGCCACGGGAAGAGAGGAUGUGCGUGAGUAGUGGUCUUUUCAUCUCCAUGGAUCGCAGACUCUGCAGGGUAUCAGCAUGAUUUUAAGAAGCCUCUAGCUCGUUUUUUUCCCUCCACACUACUCUUUGUUCAGCACACAACCCCCUGAACCUGUUUAUACCGAAAAAAGGAUGCGCGCAGAUAAACGCGGAUACAUUGUCCGGACACGGCGAGAGGAGGAGAGGAGCAUGUAACCGGGAGAAACGCACCGGCGGCGGCACCACCUGACACUUUUCUCCCCCUCUCUUUCUCUCUCCCUCCCAGUCGCUCCUCGUUUUCUCAUAGUUGGAGGCUUCUUUAUGUGUUGACUGAACUCCCCCGGCUGUUUUUGGAUAUUAUCUUCAGCAAAAUGAGCGAAGAAGUGUCAGAGGUCCCCAAAGAGCUUCUGGAUAGUGUGAGGGAUGCAGUUGGGAGGAAGGUGAAGCUGUCGCUGAGGAAGAGAGUCAAACUGGAGAUAAAAGGAGACAAGACGGAGAACAGAGUCUUGGCCCUAGCGACACACCGAGCCUACCUCUUGACGGCACGCAUUCCCACAAAGGUGGAACACUCCUUUAAUUAUCUGGAGAUCCAAGGGAUUGCUUGUAACAAGCCUACACAGCUGUUCAUAGAGUUUGAGCGGGGCUCCUUCUCUCUGAAGCUGCUCUCUACAGAGGAGGUCAACGAGGUGGUCGCUCACAUAGGAAACUGCCUGCUGAGGAUAUGUCCUGGUCUCCCUCCGAGUAAAGUGAUGAAGAAGCUCUGCAUGGAGCCUCCAGACAGACUGACCUCUCUGCAGACUCUGUGGGAGAACAACAAGCCUGCUGAACCUGGACCUUGUGGUGGGUUUUCUCAGAUGUACAGAUGUGUUUGUGACUGGCUGGGGCUGCCUUACAAAGAAGAGGUGCAGUGGGAUGUGGACACCAUCUAUUUGACACAAGACACCAGAGAGCUCAACCUGCAGGACUUCAGCCAUCUGGAGAACAGGGACCUGGUGGCUAUAAUUGCAGUUCUGGAGUUUAACCAGUGGUUCACUAAGCUCUCCACUAAAGACUACAAACUGUCUGCAGAUGUGUGCGAGCAGAUUCUUCGAGUAGUGUCUCGCUCCUCUCGACUAGAAGAGUUGGUUCUGGACAACGCGGGACUCAAAACGGAUUUUGCCCAGAAGCUGGCUGCUGCCCUGUCCCAUAACUCCAACUCAGGGCUCACCACCAUUAAUCUUGCCAACAACCCACUGGAGGACAGAGGCAUCUCCUCCCUGGGUGCUCAGUUUGCCAAACUACGUAUGGGGCUCAAGUAUUUAAACUUCUCCAAAACCUCAUUAUCACCCAAAGGGGUGAACAGCCUUUGCCAGUCACUGAGUGCCAACCCGUCCAUCCCCAGCAGCCUAGUCCAUCUGGACCUCUCAGGGAAUGUCCUCCGAGGGGAUGACAUGCAGCAUUUCUACCACUUCCUGGGUCAACCCAACAGAUUGGAAACCCUUGACCUCUCCAACACUGACUGCUCAUUGGACCAGGUUUGCUCGGCUCUGCUGCGAGGCUCGGUCCAGCACCUCUCCGUUCUAAAUGUGUCAAAAAGCGUCUUUCCUCACAGGAAAGGCAAAGACGUGCCUCCGUCAUUCAAGCACUUCUUCAGCAGUGCCGUGUCUCUCAGCUCCAUCAACGUGUCGGGAACCAAGCUGCCGCCAGAAGCCCUCAAAGCUCUCCUGCUUGGCUUGGCCAGUAACCUCAAUCUGAAAGAUGUAUCGCUAGACCUGAGCUGCUGUGAGCUUGGCCAUUGUCUGCGGUCAGGAGGUUCUCAGAUCCUUGAAGGUUGUAUUGCCGAGAUCCCAAACAUCUCGAGCUUAGACAUCUCUGACAACGGUCUGGACUCAGACCUGUCCACUCUGCUGGUGUGGUUGGCCAAGAACCGAUCCAUCAGACACCUCUCUCUCGGCAAGAACUUCAACAAUAUCAAGUCCAAAAACCUUGCUCCAGUGUUGGACAACCUGGUCCAAAUGAUUCAAGAGGAGGAGUCGCCCCUCACUUCUCUGUCACUAGCAGACUCCAGACUAAAGAGCGAUCUGACCAUCGUGCUGAAUGCCCUCGGCAGCAACUCCACACUCACCAGGUUAGACAUCAGCGGGAACGCCAUGGGGGACAUGGGAGCCAAGAUGCUGGCCAAGGCGCUGCAGAUCAACUCCAAACUCAGGACUGUGAUCUGGGAUAAAAACAACACCAGCCCUCAGGGUCUGCAGGAUGUAGCAGCCGCUCUGGAGAAGAACUUCACCAUUCGUUUCAUGCCCAUCCCCAUCAUCGAUGCCUCCCAGGCUCUGAAGGCCAGCCCAGAAAAAACAGAGGACGCUUUGCUAAAGAUUGAGAAUUAUCUGUACAGGAACCAUGAAACCAGAAAAUACCUGCAGGAACAAGCCUAUCGGCUGCAGCAGGGCAUCGUAACCACAACCACACAACAGGUGAUUGACAGGAUUUGUGUGAAGGUGCAGGACCACCUGAACUCUCUGAGGAACUCAGAGACAGAUGCCAUCUUAGAGGACGUCAGGUCAGCAGAAAGCCUCAUCAAAGAUGCCAGGAACUCUAAAACGCUGCUCCCUAAUCUGUACCACCUAGGAUCAGCUGCCAGAGAGGAAGUGAACAGUUCAUCAAUGGGACCCAUCCAGGAGAAACUGGAGUCUAUGGCUGGGGAGGUGACAACCGUCAUGGACCAGCAGCUGCAGGCUCUGUUGGAGUCGAUGGUGGAUGCAGCAGAGUCUCUGUGUCCCCAUGUGAUGAAGAGGAGUAAUCUUCGUGCAGAGCUAAUGAAAGCCAGCUCUGCCAAGAUGGUCGUACCCAAAAGCUUUGUCACCAAAACCCUCCUGGAGCAGUCUGGGGUGGAUAUUAUCAACAAGAUCAGUGAGGUGAAGCUGAGUCUGGCGUCCUUCCUGUCUGAUCGUAUUGUUGAUGAGAUUUUGGAGGCUCUUUCCACUUCUCAACUCACACUGGCAGACCAUCUGGUCCGGCGAGGUCGCCCCUUGGUGCAGCAGGAGUCGGUAGAUCUGGACAUCCCAGAAGAGAAGAUUCCUAAACGGGCGUCAGCCGAGAUACUGGAGGCUGAAAGGCUGGAGGAUCUGGAGACGUGCAUGAUGACUCCUAAGUCCAAGAGGAAGAGCAUCCACAGCAGAAUGCUUCGGCCAGUGUCUCGUGCCUUUGAGAUGGAGUUUGACCUGGAUAAGGCCCUGGAGGACGUCCCUAUCCAUGUUGAGGACACUUCAUCUCGAACUCCUCCUACUCCAUCACAGGUCCUUCCGAAACUGGAGCAUCGUUCACCGGGAGUGAUGGGUGACCUGCCGUCUGAGGAGGAAAAAAAGCUGCAACACUUCACCAAACUACGACCCCGUCGUAACAAGAAAAUGCAUUCCAGUAAAGUACCUCAAAUCAGCAGCGCUCCAUCCCAGGACGGGGAACAGAACGGCCUCAUGGGAAGGGUCGAUGAGGGUGUAGAUGAGUUCUUCUCUACAAAAGUCACGAGGAUGGAUUCCAAACGUUCCCUGAAGAGUUCAGAAUCUCAGGAUGGAGAGAAGAAGAAGAGCAAAGGAGGAUUCCUAAACCUCAUCAAACGUUCCUCCAAAUCGGAUAAAUCCGAUAAAUCAGACAAAUCGGAUAAGUCCGAGAAAAACCAGACAACCCCUUCAACUUUGGCUACGUCUUUGGCUUCUGUAGCCUCAACGCCAACUUCCGCCAUCCCUGAGGAGCCCUCCUCACCAAAGGUGGCAGCAAAGAGCCCAGCACCCGAGACAAAGUCCAGAGAUGCCUCCACCCGCUCACAGCCCACAGACUACAGCAGCAGCUCAGACCGCUCAGAGGAGCUGCGGACACCAGACUCCAUAGACGAACCCUGGGAGGGUUUGGACGGCAGGGGCAGUCCUCAGGGAGGCAGGCGAUACCCGGGCUUACAGAUGAUGGGCAGCGGCCUCCUGGCAGAGAUGAAGGCCAAGCAGGAGAGGAGAGCACAUAAGUCUUCCAGCCCUGACAGGCCUGACAGCAGCGCAGCAGCAGCUAAGCCCCAGCCCACCAUUUCAGAAGGCAGGUCUCCCACAGGCUCAAUUAAUAAAUCAGACCCUGGUUCUCCAGAGAAGAACCCUUCUCGUGGUGAGACCAAGCCGGAACCUGUCCCUCGUCUCAGGGCUACGUCCUCCUCAAGUUCCCCAGGGGGACCAGUAAGUCCAAAACCACCUGUGCCACAGGGAGCGAAGCCCACCUUGGCUGCCCGACCCACCAUCCCACAGAAGCCAAGGACCAGCAGCAGCAGGAGCAUAGAUGAGAGCUCAGAUUCCCCCAGCAGUGGCAGCUUGUCUCCUAAGGUCACGGCUCUUCCUCCCACACUGAAGAGGGUGCUGCCAGAGAAGGAUAAAGAAGGCCAGACUGGUCUGCAGUCAGGGAGCACUGCCAACAAAACAUCUCAGGACGUGAGGACGGGGUCUGUGUCAGACUCAGUUCAGCGAUCCAGCCCUCUUCGUACCAACUCCGAGGACCAAGGCUCCCUCAAGACUAAGGACCACUCUCCAAACCCAGACAAGGCAGCGGGCAAGAAGUCAUCAGACUCUGGGGAGGAGGCAGACAAAGACUUUAUUUUAAUAUGAGUGAGACAAAACUUGAUAAGCCUCAUGAAUUUCUUUAUAAGUGGGAAUCUGAUUGCUAUAUUUUUGUUUAUAUUAGAGGUUGUUCCCAUAGGUCCUUUAUGGCUGCAAAUUGUGUUUGAUUGCAGGAAGACCUGCUGUUUUAUCAGGUAAUCCAAUGUGUCAGAUUUAAUUUAAUUUGGUUGUCAUUUCUAAAAUUAUUGAUAUUAACAUUUGGGGGAAUACCCUUAUUACAUUUUCAGUCACAUUAUGUCACCGAGUGAACCAAACUGUGUCUCCUAAGAGCUUCCUUCUCUCCAAUCCUUUUUUGUUCCUACUGUGUCAUGUGAAAAUCUCUACAAGGAUCAACUUUUCAAGAUUUGAUGGUGGUCAAGUGUAUCCCUCUGAUGAACACUGAAAUCUGAAUACAGUUAAAAAAAAAAAAAAAAAAAAAAAAAAAAAGAGGCAUGAUGCUUUCAGGAAACUGCAGACUUUGUGCAAAAAACUGUAAGACUAUGAGUGUACAUUGAAAAUCUCCUUCGUUACUAACAGUCCGACGUCUCACUUGUAUUUGUUGCAGUAGCUCAUCUCCCAGGGACCAAACACAUGUAACAAUAAUACCACAAUCACUGUACUGUACUUGCACUCACACAUACGACCAGAUCAGGACCCAAUGGCUUUUUGUAUAGAUUUUUCUAUAUGCUAUUUUGAGUAUGUGCAAGUUACUUUUCUCCAGACUUCUGAGGGGACUGAAUCCAGUAUGCAAUUCAUCCAUUCUUUUCAGGAAAAUACAGGUUUAGCUGAGAAUCUCAGUGCACUAUAAAUCAGAAUUACACAUUUGAUGUAGCUGACAGCAAAAGUCUCUCAGGGGAGACUAUCUGCACUCUUCACUGAGUGGCUUAAGGAUAUCAAACACCCCAAAUGGACUCAAGUUUGUUUCUGUGUGAGAGAGGUGGAGUGACUAUAUGAAGUGUUGCUUUGAGAGGACUGUGGUACACUUUAAUACUGAUACCCAAUUAGUAAGGCUUCAGCACUGUUCUGUGUAUAGACACUAUGACAAAAAACCUUUUAUGAUGCCUUUAAAGUGCAGAUAUCUUUUAGGCUCUUUAUGGAGAAGGGAGUAUAUGUCUGUCAUUCAGUGCAAUACAGGGUUGUCAUCUUGCUUUUCUGUGUUAUUUGAUCCAAAGUUAAACCAAACACCUUCAUUUCUAGUUUAUAGUCCUCUGAACAAAUUAGACUAUUCAGCAUUAAACUAAACUGUGUGGCAUGCACGUGUUUGUCAGUCAUACAGACUCUGAAUUGCUCUUAAAGACAGAUGGAUCCUCACUUCUUACAGCAAACUUGCGUUUAUUAAUAUUCCCCUGGCAUGCUAAUAAUCUAAUUAAAGCAAAGGAUCCAGGAAGAGGAAUGUCACAGAUAAUCAACUUGAAGGUGACACGGCAGAAAAUGUCCUUUGCUUCCUCUUUCAGUAUUUUGACAAUAACCUCUUCAGUCUGAUCUUUGCGGGACACUGAGGGAACUCCAGCCUUCUAACACUCAGCAUCUCCUACAGACUUGACCUUUACAGCUUUCAAAUUCAGCACACUUUCACUUCAUUCUAGGCAGGAAUUUUCUUUGAAAUUUAACCUAUAAAGAGUUGGUACUCUUAUUACUUUUGUUAAGAAAUGGUUCAGAAUGCAGCGCCUGAAGUGAAAGUGAGCUGAGAGUAUCUGCAGUCUGACCAUAUGGACAGCUGGGAUAUUCUCUAUGUAGCAUUUUCAGGACCUGAAUGCUACACGGCAAAAACAACGACAUAACAGAUGUCAGGCCGAUUCCUCUUAUCUUUGUCUUUUUUAGAACAAGAAAUGCCCUUUUCACACUGCUGUAAUGAUUCAGAUUCUUCAAAUGAUCUUGUAUUAAAUAUCACCUUAUCGAGAAAAAGGAAUGAAACCUGUUGUUACAGUUUGCGCUAUAAACAUCAGUUUUCAGUUUUCCUAGUAUUGCAUGUAGAGAUUGGGAUGGAUGUUGAGCCUUUUCAUUAGAUCCUGCUGCAGUCAUGUCAUAUUUGAGUUAACACUAAUUACUAGUCAUCUUAUAAAUACUGUCAACACUAUAGCUACGUCUGGGAAAUUUUCUUGAAAAGGGAAAUGGGGAUCCCUCUCACUAGUCCCUCAUUCAGGGAGAAUAAACGAAAUUUAACGGCUAUAACGCUGUAUUAUCAGUGCACCGUAUUUUAACCCUUAUACAGACAUGCUAGCUUCAGUAAUGUGGGAAUCUUUCCUAACUCUGCCAUCAUCUUAUGUGACAUGAACACAGCCUUAUAUCCUUACAAACAGCCGUAUGUGUGCUCUGACUAAUAGUUUGUCAUUUACCAUUGUGGAAAUACUUUCACUUUUAACUAUCUAGUUGCUGUGUUCCAAAUGGUGCUUCAGUGUUAAUUUUCAUUGUGCACUAGACUUCAUUCUUUAUAUGCAGUGUGAAAGGGGCACAACUCCUAUUUUACUGUACUGUACAUGAAUCUAAUUCAAGUCAGGGCCAAAGGUCUUACUGGUGCACCUUUUCCUAUGGUGUCUAUCGAUGUCUUUUUGUAGGAUCAUGAUUAAGAGUUUGCUUCUUUGUCACUAAUCAUGUCUUGGAAAUAACACUGUUAUACUCUUGUAUAUAGUUAAUCUGUCUCUGCUUUGAUUGAAAUGUGUUCCAUGACACUGAAAAAGAAAAUACCACUACUUUUCAAUGCGUUUAAAGCAGACACAUGUUAGCUGUGAGCUGUAUUCUGUUGAUAUCUUUAGCUGUGCUUUUCUAGGGACUCCCUCUUCUUCUUUCACUGUUCUGUGUGGGAUCUCAGAAGCAGCUGGCUGUGUUUCUGUCAUGAUUUCCUGUUCAAUCCUGAAAAAUGAGCAUCACUUUAUUUCUGUUGGCGCACGGAGUAGAGAAAGUGAAGAUAACCAGUAGCAUUGAGUCAAGACUCCAGAGUCUACAUGUGACUGCAUGAUGUGGCUGUUGUACUGUAUGUAUAUAUGUGCUUUCAUACAUGUAGGCGUGUGUGUGUGUGUGUGUGUGUGUGUGUUUAAUAUAUGCACAUGUAAUAUACACACUGUGAUAUUUUCACAUGUCUAUGUGAACACAGCAAAUCCUCUAUUGUUUUGGUACUAAGUACACUAAUAUACUAGAGGUUUGUUUGUAACUUAUUUGGAAUAAAAAUGCGGUGGCCCGUGAUGUCUUGCUCCUUUUGUUGUUUUUCUUUCACUUGUACAGUGUAUUCAUAAAUUUAGAAAUGAAUUCAUUGUUUGUAUUAAUUUGUCAUUACAUGUAAUAAAUUUAGUGUUAAUUCAUGACUUAAUCAUGCAAAGCAAUGACUGUUUCUUUCAGCUGGGAAAAAAAAAUCAUGAAUGCAAAUGACAUGUUUGCUCUUUAUCUGUCUAUUUGUUCUUUUGUAAUGGAUUAAUAUGUCUCAUUAAGUCAUUCUGAUGUUGUUAAUUAAUACUUAUUAAAAUGAUUUUCCAGGCU